AUGUAUAUCCCAUCUCUUCUGAGCUCUGCCCUUUUGCUAGGUCUUUCUGCGACAGUUAGCGCGUGGAAUCGACUGGAGAAAGACAAUGCCGUCAGUCUUUUGCACUUUCCUACAGAUUUGAAGAAAAAGCUAAUCCGAUAUCAGGCACUUCUUGUUAUUGAUCACGAAGUCGGUCUCUCUCAGCUGGUCCGUGACUAUGGUACCAACGACUUCCGCAACAAUAUGCUUGCCCAUGCAGCUCUCGGCAAUAUUUUUGAUUUGCCGACAGUCCUGACUUCCUCAUCCGACUCAGGCCCGAACGGUCUCCUCCUCAAGGAGAUCACGGAAAUGCACCCUAAUGCUACUUUCAUUCGUCGUCAGGGUGAAGUUAAUGCAUGGGACAAUGCUGACUUCCGCGCUGCUGUCAGAGCCACUGGAAAGAAGCAGCUGAUCAUUGGUGGCAUUGUUACUGAAGUUUGUACUACCUUCUUAGCCCUGUCGCUGAUUGAUGAAGGAUAUGAGGUUUUUGCAAACACUGAGGCCAGUGGUACCUUUGAUAGUCGACUGGCUGAGGAUGCCAACCGUCGCAUGGAGCGUGCUGGUGUGACGCUGAUGGGCAUGUUUGCUAUUGCUUGUGAUUUGAUGCGCGACUGGCGAAACACCCCUGGCUUGAACGAGCUUCUUCCAUUCCUCGACAAAUACCAAUUUGGAUAUGGCUUGGUUGCUCGUCACCAUGCAGGCUCCAUCCAAAAUGGCACUUUGUCGCCCAUUGAGUUGACCUUGAUUUAA